UUGGUUCAAUUUGAAAACAAAUGGGUGAGAGAGAGAAAAAGGGUGUGGUUUGAAGUUUAUUUAACACUACUUUCUGAUUCUAACCUUUGAUACAAUUGUAUGUCAUCUUUGUCUUUCUAGGUUCCAGUUGUUCUACUAAUGUGCGAAUUCUUGAAAGAAGAUGGUAACUCUCCAGCAUUAUUACGGUUUUCUGAAGUUGUUAGUCUUUUCCAUGAAUUUGGCCAUGUGGUCCACCCUUUGUGUAAUCGUGCAUCACUUGCUCGGUUCUCUGGCUUGUGUGUUGAUCAUGAUUUUGUUGAGAUUCCUGGGCAUGUUUUUGAAAAUUGGUGCUUCGAGAGCAGCAUCUUGAAAUUAAUAUCUGGUUAUUAUCAGGAUGUCACAAGGCCAAUCAAGGAUGACGUUUGUAAUUCUUUGAGGAAAUGGCGAUAUUCAUUUUCUGCUCUUAAGUUGAGGCAGGAAAUUCUUUACUGUCUUUUUGAUCAAAUAAUACUUCUACUGACAACGUCAACUUCCUCGAGUUGUUCAAGUUUCUUCAUCCCAAGGUGAUGUUGGGGUUACCAAUCUUGGAAGGUACUAACCCAGCUUCAUGUUUUCCACACUCAGCAAUUGGUUAUGAAGCUAGUUGCUACAGUCGUGUAUGGAGCAAGGUGUUUGCUGCUGAUAUAUUUGCUUCCAAGUUUCAUGAUGGUGGACUCAACCAUCAUAUUGGCAUGCAGUUCCGCAACAAGAUUCAUCCUCUGGUAUGAAGAAAGAGCUUGAGCUCUGAAAGGUACAAGAAACUACAAUAUCGUAAUGCUUUCCAGUUUCCACCACUUUCAUGAAGGGUGUUCUAAUCUCAGCUUUUACAAAAGCCAAGGCAGAAAAGGGUCCGUGCACUUGGAUGCGGUGCGACAUCGGUUAUUGUGCCUCAAUAAAUCAUACACCCUCGUGUAAAGAAUAAUUUUCAAAUUACUCCUUCACAACUCUACUUUUUGUUAAAUUAUUGCUCUCUUUUUCUCAUUUUAUUCUAGUCUCUGAUCAUUCAGGGUUUGUCAUUAUUAAUAUCUUCCAUUAUCAGGGGCCAUUUUAUUGGAAAAUGUUGCAUCUUUGUCGGAAUUUUUAUUUUUAAACUAUUUUUUAUUUUGUCUAUUUUUAUAAUUUCCUUUAUAUCACUAAUAAUUUGGUGCCCCUAUUGUGUCAAUAAUAACAUGCUACUCCCCAUCACUAUAUAAUGCGUAUGAAUAUUGAAUACUAAUUCUCUUUAGAGGUGUUGAUUCGGGUUUGAUAUUUAGGAUUUGUUUCUUUUUCAGAUUGUUCAGUUUAGAUUUUAUCAAUCUUG